AUGCUUCUGUUGCUCGUAGCGAAUCUUAUCAUUUUACCAGUGGCAAUAAGCUUUUUUAACGAUGACCUGAGCACCCGCUGGAUCGCCUUCAACUGUCUGUCCGAUACCAUAUUUUUAAUCGAUAUUGUUGUAAAUUUUAGAACAGGUAUAAUGCAGCAAGAUAAUGCCGAACAAGUUAUCCUAGAUCCAAAACUGAUAGCCAAGCACUACCUGAGGACGUGGUUCUUCCUCGAUCUAAUUUCGUCCAUUCCUCUAGACUAUAUAUUUUUAAUAUUUAAUCAAUUCCAGGAUUACGGCGACAGUUUCCAAUUCCUCCACGCGGGCCGCGCACUGCGGAUAUUGCGGCUCGCGAAGUUGUUAUCGCUGGUGCGGCUCCUGCGACUGUCCCGUCUCGUCAGAUACGUCAGCCAAUGGGAGGAAGUCUAUUUUCUGAAUAUGGCCAGCGUGUUCAUGAGGAUAUUCAAUUUGAUUUGUAUGAUGCUUCUGAUUGGUCACUGGUCCGGCUGUUUGCAGUUUUUGGUGCCCAUGCUUCAGGGAUUCCCGGCUAAUUCUUGGGUUGCAAUCAACGAAUUACAGGAAGCCUUCUGGUUGGAACAAUACUCGUGGGCAUUAUUUAAAGCGAUGUCCCACAUGCUUUGCAUAGGUUAUGGAAGGUUUCCGCCCCAAUCAUUAACAGACAUGUGGCUGACAAUGCUGUCCAUGAUAUCCGGAGCCACAUGCUACGCUCUGUUCUUGGGUCACGCGACAAAUUUGAUCCAGAGCUUGGAUUCCUCUCGAAGGCAAUACCGUGAAAAGGUAAAGCAAGUAGAGGAGUACAUGGCUUAUCGAAAAUUACCACGAGAGAUGCGGCAGAGAAUAACGGAGUACUUCGAGCAUCGAUACCAGGGCAAGUUCUUCGACGAAGAAUGCAUCCUUGGGGAAUUGUCCGAAAAGCUGAGAGAGGAUGUGAUCAACUACAACUGUAGAUCCUUAGUUGCUUCUGUACCCUUCUUUGCCAAUGCGGACUCUAAUUUCGUAUCCGACGUUGUUACUAAGUUGAAAUAUGAAGUCUUCCAACCUGGUGAUAUUAUAAUAAAGGAAGGAACGAUUGGUUCCAAAAUGUACUUCAUCCAAGAAGGAAUUGUGGACAUAGUAAUGGCCAACGGCGAGGUGGCAACGAGCUUGAGUGAUGGUUCCUACUUUGGAGAGAUCUGUCUGUUAACGAAUGCCCGUCGGGUAGCUUCAGUAAGAGCAGAGACCUACUGCAAUUUGUUUUCAUUAUCUGUUGAUCACUUUAACGCUGUGUUAGAUCAGUACCCACUAAUGCGUCGCACAAUGGAGUCUGUGGCCGCGGAGAGGUCAGUGCGUUGGUUGAACAAGAUAGGCAAAAACCCGAAUCUUUUAGCGCACAGGGAAGAAGACCUGGGUAGUGAAAGUAAAACGAUAAGCGCCGUGGUAAACGCAUUGGCAGCGGAAGCAGAUCAUGUAAAUAUGUCGGAUGAAUCGAUGGCGAGGUUGCACGCAAGCGAACGUAGUCUGCAAGACCUAGGAAGAACACUGCAGAGACUGACUUUACCUAGACCAAAGUCAGAGAACAAUUUCGCAUCCCAAGACCUCACCAGGAGCAGCGACCACAACGGAAGGCCAUCAUUUCAUAAAUCCGACACAUUCCAUAAGGAGAGCACAUUUCAAUGACGGCACUCCACGCACUAGUGCUCAGUGUUAACAGGGCAACUGUGCCAAAUGCCAGUGCUAACCGUAGCAACAGCGGCGCUAGCAAUUCGCACAGACCACCAUUGAACUGGAAAAACACAUGUACUAGUGCGUGAGCAGCUUAGCUGGUGUCUCUUAUUAAGCAAUAAGUGCCAUGGACACUUUGCUAGAAUUGUGCAAUAUUAGAACUAAAUUAAGUUAGCUUUAAUCAUUAGGUGCUCAAUAAAUUAUAUGAAUACUAGUGACAACACCAACCCGGUUUUUGGGUGGUUUUCUUUUCGUCUGUGCUAAAUUUUUUGUACAUAAUUUUUCCGUACUCGACCAUAUCACACUACCAAGGUACACAUGUAAGCUAGUGGCAUUUCUUUUUUCCAUUCUCAUAGUAGAAUGUUUCGAAAAUUCACUUGCAAACGGUUUUCGGAAGCGAAUAAGUCAUACUCCAAGGAAAGUUUACUUAGACAAAAAUAAAUCUUAGUAUAUGAUACCAUUUUGUUUCUUUAAAAAGUUAAAAAAAAACAUUGUUUUGGAGAAAAAUGGAUCACACUUUUCUAAUACAGUUAUGAGUUAAUGGGAGUCGAUUAUUUAGCAGUAUUGUAAUCUAAUAAUCUCUUUUGCAAAAUUUGCACAUUUGUUAAACUUAUUUUACUACCUAGAUGUCAACUUGCCGUUACUUGAAGGUAACACCUAUUGAUAUUUUAGACUAUGUUUUUGCUACGCCUUGUUUUUUUUAUGUAACCCCUUCCCGCAGGUGCAAGAAGCCCAUGCUCCUUAUUUAUGUGUGCAGGCUUUGCUUCCUUUUCAGAUAUUAGCAGAAAAUGAAACAAUGAAAAAAAAACUGCCCUGUAUUUUUUAUUUCUGUAUGAACAAUUAUUUAUACUAUCAAUUUAAAAAAAUAUAAAACUGAAACGAAUUUCGCUGCCAGCUGUGGCGUACUAAACUAUACCUUCAUUGCUUUGUCUUCAAUAGGAAGUUCAAUAAAAAUCUCAUACGACCCCUCAUUUUUUUUUACUGAUAAAGCAAUAGAAGAGUUACUUAAACAAGAAGUUUUCUGUAAUAACAUGUCGAUAGUCUAUUAUCUCACAAGUUGAUAGCAAUGGAGUACAAUUCGAAUUCAAAUUUUUAAAAUCAAAUAAAAAUUGUUAGUUUUUAGUGAAAUUGCUUGUACACCUUGCAUUAACUUAGUAGAAUAGUACUGAGUAACACAACACUACCUACACUUUUUUUUGCAAACACCCCAUUGGCACAAGUCCGGCAUUAAUUUUUUGGCCCUUUUUUUUUAAAUGUCAGUAUUCUAAUCUUAAAUUCUUCAUGGAACUACAUUCAAAAGGCUAUUUCAAAUUAGACUGUAAAAAAUGUAUAAUAUAGCAAAACAAUGAAGAUUAAUCAGGUCAGAUACUCUGUUGUCCAUAACUAAUAACCACGGUAGAAAACUGAAAUCUAUUUUUCUCUGGAUCGAUGCAUUUUACUGACAUGCGGCAAGAAUGUCUUUUUUAUAGCAAAUAAAACUGCUUCUUCUCAAAAUUUCUACCUACAAAAAACUUAUGACAAAAAACAAUAUAGUUUCGGGUAUUCUCAAAGGAGUUCUUGAUACCAGAAAAAACAAAACGCGAACAAAACAGCAACAAAUCAUAUACUUCGUCCCAACCAGAUAGACUAUAUUCAAUUUUAGUUUUGAAGUUAAUUCCACAGGAAAGUUUAAAAAAAAGAGAACAAUCGAACUGGUAAGAUGCUUAUUUAAAUAGACAAAGGGAUUUACAGAAUAGUAAGAAAUGUUUUUCAAACAGUUGCAUAAUUACGCUAAGUAUUAAAAUAAUAAACAAAAACUUAACACCAUUGAAAAACCCAUUGAAACCCUUUGAGCAUCUUUCGAACAGAACUCCGAAAACAAAACAUAAACAGUCACCGGCAACUUGAGUUUGCAAAAAAGUUUAACAGUUGUUUUUAAAAGAUUCAAUUUAAAAUUGACAUGAGUUUCUAUUUUGCUGCUGUUUUGUUUGUUUAGUGAAAUCCGCUUUAGCAAUCUGUAUGUUUUGGUAAAAAAUAUGCCCAUGUUCAUUGAAAUCUUAAAAAGUGGCAGAGUUACCUUAAAAAUGAAGAAACAUCAAAACUUUUUAAGAAAGCAAAAUGGUACUAAGGCAAUUUGAUCUAAAUAAGUUUAUUAUCAUCCAACGAAGUUAUCCUUGAAAUACGGCCCAAUUAUUUUUGCAUAUCCUUAAGUAUGAACUAUUCGCAUUAGAUAUUUACUUAAUUAUAUUACAAACUGUGUAAUAAAUAAUAUCAAAAUACUAAAUGUCCUGUGGAAAAAACAUCUCACAGAUAUUUUGAAACAUUCUAUAUAUGAUAAACCUCUCUAAAUUUUACAAACUAAUCCCCACCGAAACUGUAAAUAGUGAAAAUAUAUAUAUAAAUUUUAUAUAAAACAAUAAAAUUCUUAUUUUAAAAAAAGUAGCAAAUUAUAUUUAAGUAAACUCAGAAAAAUAGAAAAAAUGCACAUUACUUUUCCAUUUGACAGAAGAUAGGGUUUGUUUAAACGGCUGUUAAUACAUUUGAUGCUACUUUACUUCAUUUUUAACAUGUAUGUGUAAGUAAAUAUGAAAUAAUAAUUCCGAUAGUGGACAUUUUAAAACAGCAUUCAAAGACAUAGAGGUGGUUUUUGUCUUUGUCUUUUGUUUUAAGUUAAUAAUGUUAUAUAAUACAAAUCAUUACUUAAUAACAAUUUUGUACUAGAAUAAAAUUUUGAAAUUUCUCUAUAUGAUGUUUCAGGAAAAAAAUCUUGAAAAAAAAGGUGUUUUGUUAUUUCGUAUAAUAAUAUACACUAAGAAAAUAAUGGAUUGAGUUUGUGCCUUUCUAAUAUUUGCAUAAAAAAAUCUAUCACCUUACGUAUUAGCUCCCUAUAAUCAAUUUUAAUCAACUCUUGCACUAAUCUAGAGUUAUCGAAUUAACGUAAAUUUAAUGGGAGAAAUCCCGAAGUCAAUGAUGUUGAGAAGAUAAUUUCUUUUACAGCAAACAAUACUGUUCAUUGAAAUAAUAAAGAAAUAUACAAUGAAGAAUACAUGAAUUGGAAAUACACUCGUUUAAAUAUUUAUAUAGUUAGACAACCCAUUGUUUGCUAAACCACGCCACCCAAACCAAAGUAAUCUAGCUAAACAACUGAUCAAAUUUAAACAUGAGGAUAUUAGAUAGUGAUGCUACCAAAAUAUGCCUGCAAAAAAAUAAAGAAGGGUGGCAGGGAGGUUUUGGUGGUACAGGUUUAAACAAAUAAACAUACUUGUAAUAGUGCGAUUACAAUUAACAUUAUUAAUAUUGGACAUAUAUAUCAUAUUUACUUGCAUUUUAGUAGCCGUUAUUACAAGAAAACCAAGAACCGUGGUUAAAUCAGCACUCAAAGAAGACACAUGUCUGCUAUGAACAAAUUGCAUGUUUCCUGCAAACCAGUAUAUUAGAAUUAGCGAUACAUAGAAAAAGUGCAAGUUAGGCCUAAGGUUUAUACAAAUGAUAACUAAUCUAUGAGUUUGCAGGACCAAUAUAUUGUAUAUUAAAACCGUUUGACAUUGAAAAUGCUCAAAUAAUUCAGUUUUGUGGUGCAAUUGUGACUGUAGCAUCAGUGUUGUUACUUGGUAUAUUAAAGACAAAAGUGGUAUUUUUUAUCGAAAUGGGUUAAACUGUAAAAAUGUCUGUAAUAUGUGUCAUACUGGGGGAAGCGAUUAUUGAGAAUUUUUAUUGUCAAGCUACUUAUAGCCGAAAUGCCUGCCUGGAUAUUUUUAUUAUUUUGAUUUUAAUUGUUAAGCAAUAAUUUAGUCAUACCUACAUUCUGGUGGGCAAUUCGGUUUUGUAUAAUAAGAAGAUAAUAUAAAGAAGGAGACUCUUCACAUUAGCUGUGAUCUACAAUAUGGAUGUCUUAUCAUUAACAAAUGGUCUACUUCUCAAUUAUUUGUGUAAAAACAGGUAAUUACAAAUAUUUAUUUAUUUAGAAUAAUUUUACCUCAGCUAAAUGUGUGCUUGCAACAUGUUUUGACAAACACUGGGUGGUACAAUACUUCAAUUAUUAUAUUUUAGUAUAAAUCAAAAUCGGACUCUUAAAUCAUAGUAGUGCAAUUACUAACGGUUAGUUAAGGUGAAAAGAACAUUUUCGGUACAUGCGAGCAAAAGUAUUUUAAAAAGGUUGAGAAAUUUUGUACUCUGUUAUCUGAAUGUUACUUUUUGAGUAAUCUAAAAAAGUAUUGUUUUAUGAAACCAAUUACAAAUAAUGGCCAAUCUAACGACCACUUUUGAGAACAUGGAAAAAGAAUAAGAAUAUGAGGUCGUACAAUGAGAAAAUGUCUGUUAUUUAAUCUGGAAUCUGAAAAAAGUGAUAGUUCUGAUCUGAAAAGUAUAUUUUAUAUUUUGAUAGUGAUACAAACUAAAAAAAAAAAAUGUAUUUGAAGAUUAAAUACGUUUUUGUUUUAUGCAAUUUUAUUUUAUGUAAGAAAAUUCAAAAUUGCCCUUUUUACAUUGCUAGAACAAUACUGAAUAUUAAUGUAACAUGAAUUAUUAAGGAUAUAUUUCAGUUUUUAGUACUUUCUCCAAUGUAAUAUAAAAGGAGACAUGUAGAAUUAAAAAAACAUUUUUUUUUUGGCUAGCCUCUCAGUCUUUACCAUUUCCAAGAUCCAAAUGAGAAUAUUUUUAAAAAUGUAUUUACUAUACAAUUCCUAUCUGCAAUUUAAAAUUUAGAAUA